AAUUUUGCCGAAAAAUUAUUUGGUACUAGGUUCGAGCAUGCUUCAAGUUAAUUUUCGAAUCAGUUGUUGUUAAAGCGUUGAAGUUUAAAGUAUUUAUGCUAAAAGUCUCAAGUUUCAUUGUAGAAUUUGUAUUGCUGAACGGUUAUCCAAAACUUCAUAUAAGUUUAAGUUAAUAUGUCAGAGUUACACCCAAAUAAAGCACUUCUUAAUAACAAAUUUAAUGGCUAUAAACUGGCAAGUGAAAGCUUAGCCUAUUUUUCUUAUCCUCACGUAUCUCCAGUUCCUACAAAAGAUUAUUUUGAAUCAGAUUCAUUUUCAUAUAUUUUUUUGCGUAGUUAUGGGUUUCAAAAUAGAUUGUUUAUAGACAGUUUUAAUGACGAAUUUGUAUAUUUCACUGAUAAUAGCUAUAAUAUUUAUGUAUACUCGCCUAAUGAGGUGGUUCCAAGAAAAGUAUUUCAAAUUGCAUCAAGUUCAGAACUAAAUUUAAAGUUAGAAUGUUCAAUUGUAUUUGCCACAGAGCAUGUCACACUGGUAAAUAAUGGAAGUGGUGCCAUUUAUCUUGUUUACACAAAAAAUCUUCGUAACGUUGUUUGUCAAUGGGAUUCUGAAGCUUCUAUAUUAAUACAUGAUUUUAAGCUCCCAUCAGUAAUUAAUAAAGCAUACUUUGAUAAAGAGAAAAAUAUUUUUCAUGCGUUUGUAUCAACACUUAAAGAAAUAAAACACAAUGAAGUUAAAAAAACAUAUGUUAUUUUGCAGUGGUUGCAGUUUACUUAUGAUUUCAAUUCUUGUUCUGAAGUGAUUAAUAUUAAAAUGUUCAUAAGCAAAAGCUUGCCAUAUGCAUUUUGGACUAAUGCAGAUUCAUCAAAGUUAUAUGUUGCUUCUGAUAGAAAGUUUCACCUGGUAGAAAAUAACACAUUAGAAUUCAAAGAGCCAACUGAAUUAUCUAUGGAUGUUAGUGAGGAACAAUAUGUCUGGAGUCAGAAUAAAGAAUGCCUAACUAUCACAUUUAAAAAAUCUGUAGAAAAAACAAAUGUUUCAUGUUUGAUUAAAAAAUCUUAUUUGUCUGUUGAACUUCUUAAUGGCUCUGUGUUGCUACAGGGAGAUCUUGAGCGGGAUAUUGAUAUUGAAUUAUCAAGUUGGUCAAUUGUUGAUAAACAAUUAGAGGUAGUUCUUUGGAAAAACACACCUGGAGUCUUUUGGCAUUGCCCAGUUCCUUCUGAUAAUAAUGGUGUACAUCAAGUUACAGGUGAUGAAGAGGAUAAUAUUAAUGAAUUCAGUCAAAAGUUGGAUUAUCUAACAACAAGUACUUUGACUGAUGAUAUUGAAAAUUCAAACUUUAACAUGCAACAGUUAGAAGACUGUGACUCAAACAUUGAUGAUGAGAUUGCAGUUUAUUCUAUUAAUGUCGCAACUGGGCAAGUUGAUACUGAGAUAAAUUUAGUUGGUCAUCAAUGGCUUUUUCAAUAUCAAGACAAUCCAAUAUCUGUUCCAUUAUUAUGUUUGCGACACGAUGUUGAUGGUAUUCUCUGGAGACCUAAUGAAUUGUCUCCUGAUUCGACAUGGCAACAUGUUGCGACUUUUGAUGCUUUAGGCUAUGUUCAAGCCUCGAAACGAGAACACAAAUUUACGUUAUGUACACCGCUAUAUCAAUACGCCAUUAUAACGGAUUGCACGUCAAAUAUCUACAUUUACGAACAGGAUUUGGACAACAAAGUUACACACAAGCAAUUCAUUGUUAGUUUAGGAAAUUGUUCGCGGAUAUUUGGUUGUCAAGCGAGUAAAACACGUAUCUUUGUACUCACAGAUGAACACUUGAACGUUAUUCAACUACCCCAAUAUUUCGAAGACAUGCAAAUCGAAUAAAAUAUUUAAAAACAAUUCUUUGAACUUUGAAAUGCCAUUUUUCAAGAUUCCAUUUUUAAUUAGUUUUCUUAGAAUUAUUUUAAACUCCAAAAAAAUAAAUAGAAAACAAAUGUUGACGUGAAUGCUAUUGAUGUUGAUGUGUAUCUCGUUGACGUUGACGUGUAUGCCGUAGACAUUGUUAACGAUUGGCUCGCAUAUAUGCAGUUAAAUUAAAAUGUUAAAAAGCUACUGAAAUGAGUGAAUAAAAAGAAUCUUUAUGAUUUUUUGUUUGUUUGUUUAAAUACUCAUAACGGUUUUAUUUUUUAAUGAUUUUUUAACGAUUCUAAUAUAAAGAAAGAUUUCGAUUUCUCUGUAA